AUGGACCUCAACAGACCUCAACGGAAUAUGAGAAAAGAUUUUACCUGUCUUCCAGGGGAGCACAUCGUCACCUGGCUGCUCCGAUGCUGUGACAAUCGGGCCAAUGAUCACGAACUAGAAGGCAGGCUCUGUCAGCAGUGCGGGAUAGAUGUGGCUGUGGAUUUGUACCUGACUGUCCUGCUGCUCUUCACCAUCCUGGCCCUCGUCCUCGCCUCCAUCUUUGUGAGGUUGCUGGGAGCUGAGGGGGAGCGGCCCCAGAAGCCCUCGGUGGCCAAAGUGGCCCAGGAGAGCAGCCCUGGUGACCAAGCAGCCGCAGGAGCAGGGCCGGAGGAUGGAAGGGAUCGGCUGCUGGUGGAGGAGGUUGGGGCUGUUGAGGAGGGGAAGGAGGAGGCUGCCGAAGAGCCAGAGGAGGCGGCGGAGGAGCUGAGCCCCACAGCUGAGCCCAGCCCUGCGACAGCCGAGAGCAUCCCCUAGCAGCCACCCACCAAGCCCCAAGAGCCUGAGCCCCAAGAGGAUGUGGAGAGCAAGAUACCACCUUUGGGAGCCUCAGCUGGGUCCAGCCUCAGGCACAUGGGACAAGUGCAGGAUGCAGGAAACCAUGCAGCAUUUCCCAGCAAGGCAGCGGAGGAAGAUCUGGACUCAGAAAAAGAGAAGCUGCUGAUGAGACAGCCUGCAAGCACAGCAGCUACAUCAGCCCCAGUGACAAGUACAGCAGCACCAUUUGAGAGUUCUGAAGGUUUUGAAUGGCCUUUGGGUACCCUUGGGACCUGUCUGCUGAUUUUGAUGGGGAUCAGCAUGUUGGCACACAUACAGAGUGUGUUUUACCCACAAACAUUUUAUCUGAUCUGA